UGGGAUCAAGAGGUUAUUGCAGAAGUUUUGAAGGUGGAAUAAGCCUUGUUGCUAACCCUUGGGCCGGGUGGUUUAAGCAGAUGCUGAGCUGUGGAUAAACUGAGAGCGGGAGAAACUGCCUUUAGAGCUGGAGUACAGUGUUGAAAUAUUAUUCAGUUACUGAGCCGAGCAGAAAAGUAAUGGCUUCAAAUUUUAAUGACAUUGUCAAGCAGGGAUAUGUGAAGAUUCGGAGCAGACGUUUAGGGAUUUACCAAAGGUGCUGGCUCGUGCUAAAGAAGGCAUCCAGUAAAGGUCCCAAAAGACUGGAGAAGUUUUCAGAUGAACGAGCUGCAUAUUUCAGAUGUUAUCAUAAGGUAACAGACCUCAGCAAUAUAAAGAAUGUGACAAGGAUACCUAAAGGCACUAAGAGGCAUGCAAUACUAAUCAUUUUCAGCGACGAUACCUCAAAAACCUUUGCAUGUGAAUCAGAGCUUGAAGCAGAGGAAUGGAGUAAACUCCUACGUAUAGAGUGCCUGGGAAGCAGAGUCAAUGAUAUCACCCUUGGAGAGCCUGAUUUGCUGACUGCUGGAGUUCAAAGAGAGCAAACAGAAAGGUUCAAUGUAUAUUUGAUGCCCUCUCCCAAUCUGGACGUGCACGGAGAAUGCACAUUACAAAUAACAUACGAGAACAUCUGUCUUUGGGACAUCCAUAAUCCGAGACUAAAGCUGGUCUCUUGGCCUCUUAGUGCCCUUCGGCGAUAUGGACGGGACCCCACAUGGUUUACGUUUGAAGCAGGCAGAAUGUGUGACACAGGAGAAGGACUAUUUACUUUUCAAACAAGAGAAGGUGAGGCAAUUUAUCAGAAAGUUCACUCCGCUGCACUGGCCAUUGCUGAGCAACAUGAGCAGAUGCUACAGAGGGAGAAAAACUCACGGCAUCAGAUCAAAGGGAAUGAAAGGACAGCUUCGCUGGACACAAUAAUGCCUCUUCCUCGUAGUGCCUACUGGCAACAUAUUGCAAGACAGCACAGUGUAAACCAGCUUCAUAUCUUUGAAGAUGACUCUUAUCCAGUGAGGAUUCCACGUGCAGAAACCAUCCCCAGUUACAGCUCUCAGCAUUGACAAAAACUUCCAAAUGGUGGAACAUUUUCUGAUGGCUUUGCUUCAAACUGUGGCACUGAAUAUGCCCAACAAAACAAGCAGGAGGAUUUCCGGGCAACAUGGAUUGGUGUUUUGAACGAUAUUUGCAAUAUCUUUUCUUUUGUAAAUCCAUACUUCCUCUUCAAGAGUCCGGGUAACUAAACAAGGCUGAAUAAUUGAACUAAAUAUGUACUGAAAGGAAAGGCUGCUUUUACAAAAGCAGAUUUUAGCUCAUGUUCCAAGAUGUACAAUAUAAUUUCUUACCAUAGAAAGCAAAAGUAUUUUUUUGUUGUUGUUAAGCACUCAGUUUCAAGAAAACGCUGGUGUUCUAUGUCAAAUCAGUAACAAAAAAUCCAAAUUUUCUUAAUUAAUGAUCAGUGAGCCAAGCUAUUGUAUGAACCUGUGUUUGUUUAUUUAGGUGCUAAUUACAAAAGACUGCAGAGUUUUGUUGAGUAACUCAAAUUUAGAAUUCAGUGAAGUGCAAUGUAUGAUUUUACUGAGCUUUUUUUCACAUUUGCGUGAGGGCACCAAAUCACUCUACCAUGCAGCAAAUUUGUUCUGGCAUUUCUAAAUUGAUGUUACUUUUACUUGCAACACAAUGCAAUAACCAAUCCAGCAAUGGGAACUUAGAAAAGUAAUUCUUGAGGUUCAUGACUUUAUCAGGUGAAUGGGAUGUCUGUAAAUUACAGGAAGAAACAUGUGAAUGGAUAUUUUUGGAAUGUGACUGUAACCUUUGGUGAUUACAAGAAAAUUCUUUUGCAAUGCAAUUUUUCUGUUCUUUUUUUUUGUUUUCAGUCAAUACCUGGGCAGUUGACAUGGAUGUUUGUUGAAAUACAGCGUUCUGUAUGUGGACUCAGUAAUUCAAAGUAUUAUCACCUGACUAAGGGUAAAAGUACUCUAAAGAUUGCAGCCAUGUUGAAGGGAUGACUAACUGAAUUGUUGCUAUUUACAUACUGUACAUGAAUAAUUAAUCAUUACAACGCUGGAUUUAUUUCCGAAGGAGCAAGAGGAGAAAUCAGAGGUAUAACAAAUGUAACUGUUCAUUGAGCUAACAAAAUCAGCGAAGAGAAUAUUCUGGAUAUGCACCACACAUCAGAUAGCACCUGAAAACAAUGGCCAUUUUAAUGUUUGGAUAAUAGUCAUUUUUUACAAUUUGAUUUGGUAAUUUAUGUGAAUAUUUUUUUCCUAAGGUUUUUUCUGUGACAUAUCAAAGUCCUAAAGGUGAAUAGAAUUAAAAAUGAU